AUGUUGGCUCUGGCCGAAAUGGCCCUGCAAUCCAUUCAACUUGGAAUAUCCUUACAAAAUACAAGUGAUCUUCACAUGGACAAGAUUGAUCAGAACCAACUAGAAACAAUGCGUGCCACAUUCAUACGAUUUCAAGCUCCGGAAUUUCUCAAGGGUGCUAUCCUCGAAACAGACAAAGAUGCCAAAUGUUCCCGUUUGACCACUCUUGUGUCCGGCACGCCUGUGGGGCAAAUUAUUCAAACCCAUGUACAACCAUUUAUCAUUAUUUUCACGCUUAUCACCAACUGUGUGACAUCGAUUGUUCUCACACGACCAGCCAUGCGAAAUCCUACGAAUACGUUUUUGUUCGGUAUUGCUAUUGCUGAUCUACUCACCGUUUUACUACCUUUACCAAUCUAUCUAUCCUCACUGACGAGCAAUCUCUAUCGGGAGCAAUUAAGCCCAUUCAAAGGAUAUGCUGUCUCGUAUUUGGCCACACUUCUACCCACCAUGUUUCACACUUCUGCGAUUUGGAUCACAGUCCUGUUGGCUGUUCAAAGAUUCAUCUAUGUGCAAUAUCCCUUAAAAGCCAACGGGAUUGUUCUCUGUCAAACCGGGCCAGUCAAAUGGUUUACGUUCUCCACCGUCCUAUUCGCUCUCCUAUUUCAACUGCCCCAGAUGAUUUUUCUUCGCUAUCAUCGGGCCAUGUCUUUUCGCGUGAUCAAUCAGACUCAAGCCAGUGUACCCAUUCUCCAUUCCCGUUUCGGAUCUAUCGUUCUCGAUCAGUUGUGUGUGGUUAAAUGUACCCCACUGGAUGCUCGAUUCAUGUUCAUUCUCCUAUUGUGUCGUGUCACGUUCGUCCAUGUGAUUCCCUCCGUGCUGCUGACCAUACUGACCGGUCAGUUGAUUGUGGCAUUGCAUCGAUUCGCGAUGAAUCGGCGCAAACUGCUCAACAAGUCGAAUUCAGCCCUACGCCCCGGAUCGGGAAGAGCGGAACAAGUGGCCCUCGUGAAUUCGGCCAGACUGACUACAGUGAAUGGGAAUCAGACGUGCAAAUCGGCUAGGAAGUGUUCUCGCUCGAACGGGACCAGUUGCAGUGAAACGGAUUCUACAUCUCGAAUGAUGCUGGUCGUGUUGGGAAUAUUUUUGUUGGUUGAACUGCCAACGACCGCAUGUAUUUGUUUCUAUGCCUUCUCCAUCAUUCUCAAACGCGGGGUCUCAGGAGUGUUUUUCGAAGUAAGUUCAACAAUUUCACAUUUCGAUCGAUAG